AUGGAGACAGUAACAGUGUACGAUGAAAUAGAGAUCGAGGACUUUGUCUACGAUCCAAAUACCGGUCUCUUACAAUACCCAUGUCCAUGCGGGGACAAGUUUGCCAUUCUGUUGGAUGACCUACGGGAUGGUGAAGACAUAGCAGUUUGUCCCAGCUGCUCGCUAAUGGUGCGAGUGAUAUUUGAGGAGGAAGACUUGGACGAGUACGACAGUGAGCAGCAGCGUCAGCAGCAUCAGCAGCAUCAGUUCAGUACCAAGGCUAGCGUCAGCGUUUCGGCGCCAGCGCCAAUGCUUCUAACUGAAUUUAAGCCCUCGACAGGACCUUGA